UGUUUAGGAAUGAAGAGCAAGAGAAGCCAGAAUGCCGUCAUUCUUGGUUAUUUGCAGGCUCUCUGGCUCCCGUUCCUAGUAUGCGGACUGCUGGCGGCGUCUGCGGUGGAUCUGGUCCCGCGUCUGACGCACAGCGACUGCGAGAUGACGUGGAUGUUCUCUUGGCCGCAGUACCAGAGGUUGAACCUGUCGCUAGAGCUCCGCGAAGCCUAUCCUCAGUACGGCCUCCACCUGUACCGAGAGAAUCGUAACAGAGAGGAGCCUCUGCUAGACGCUGCACCGCUGCGACUGCGCGGGCUCCCCGCCCUCUUCAUACCUGGCAACGCAGGCAGCCACAAGCAAGUUCGUUCCUCAGCCUCCAUAGCACUGCAGAUGCACAGACACGAGUUCCCUCGCCUCCGCCAUUUUGAUUUCUUCACUGUCGAUCUCAACGAAGAGUUCUCGGGACUCUUUGGCGGAGUCCUCCUCCGACAGACUCGUACGUGAGGCCACACCCACCGCUUACCUUUGAUCUCACUCGGCGACCGUCUCUCUCCCUCAGAGUUUGUUGCUGCUUCAAUCCGGCACAUUCUCUCCCUCUACCCCUCCUCCCCAUCUCGUCCCUCCUCUGUUCUAAUUGUAGCCCACUCCAUGGGGGGUGUGGUUGCCCAGGCGUUGUUCACACUCCCCAACUUCCCCUCGUCCCUCGUAUCGACCAUCAUCACUCUCUCCUCUCCUCUGGCUCGACCUGUCGUCACCUUUGACCCCUCUCUGAUGGAGUUUUAUACCAGAAUAUCUGAGGUAUGGUACAAUGACAGAGAAGGGGGUGUGGCUAGGAACGUGACACUGGUGUCAGUUUCCGGGGGAGACAGUGAUGUACAGGUUCCAUUCCACCUCACCAUCCCAUCCUCACACCCUCACCAAACUCACACUCCCACCAUCGGCUCCCCAGCUGUACCAAGAAAUUGGGUACCUGCUGACCACCGAGCAGUCGUAUGGUGGGUCAAUUACAUCAUCAUUACAUCAUUCCCUUCUCAGGUGUCGCAGGCUACAACUGGCACUCAGUAGAGGACUCUUCACCCUUCAGACCCCACCCACUAACGAAUUGACCUCUGACCCUAGCAGGCAACGGGAGGUAUUUCAUCAUCUCUUGUUCAGAGGCUGGAGUGUCCCGAUGACUCCUUCCAACACACACCUGAAUUCUAAAGGCUGGAAACUCGUCGAUUCAAAUCCUCAUUUCCACGAAGGCUCCCUUCCUUCCAUGACGGCUCUUCCCCUCUCCUCCUCCUCUCCCUCCACUCUGCUGCUCGUGGCUACAAACUCGCCGACAGUUCACUGGCUCUAUGUGUGUGUCUUAUCACCGUCAACUUCUGCCAAGGCCAACUGCACCGAUUUCUCUCAUCGUGCUCGACUACUUCCACCCAGAGAGAAUGUGGUGAAAUACGUGACACUGAAUGAGGGAGAAUUGGAGGGUGGCACUCAUGUGGUGGUGAAGACGAGUCUCUCGGGGAGAGAGAAGGGGAGAGGGAGGGAGUUUGUGCUCUUUGAGUGGUGCCAGAACAGGUCCCUCUCUCUGGACCUGCCAUUCUGGGGUAUGACAUCAUCUCUCCACCUCCCUCCCUCCUCCCACUGCACCCUCACCAAAGUCACACUCCCCCAACUCACCCAAAUAUGGACUGCUCACUCGGCAGUUGUUACCGCCUCCUGCGCCGGGGUCAAAGGUGGCCUGGUGUUGCCACGGUUACCACACACUCCUCUUCUCCAUGACAACGGGACUGGUCGUCUCGUCGUACCGCUCAGCCUCCAGGUUCCACUAAGAGAUGAUUCAGUUGCGGAGCUGAUUGUUUGGUCUCCUAGCAACUGUUCUCUCUCCGUUACCCUCUCUCCCUCUCUGCUCUCGCUGGCUGGCAAACUCCUGGUCCUUUAUACCCCUCUUCUGUUGCCGUGGGUUACAGCAGUUGCCAUGGCGUCGCCAAGAACCCACCUAAUUGGAGAGAUGGUCUUAUUGGCAGUGAUGUGGGGGGUCACCUCAACAGGUCUCCUUCCGGGAACUGACUGGGACCAGUUGACUCGAGACGGACUCUGGCCAGCAUGGGCCCCUCCCCUUCUCCACCUCGUGGCGAGAGGACUCUUCCUCGUCCUCAGACCCCUUCUCCUCCGCCUCCCCUCCCUCCUCCUCUCCCGCUGUCUCCGUGGCAACAACAGGGUGGUCGUGGGUACCCUGGUUGCCAUGUGGUGUCCAGGACUGAUUCUGUGUUCAGCUCUCGGCCUGCUCCUCUCCCUGGCUGCUUACACUCUCAAGGCUGUGGAUGGACGGCAGCGUCAAGUACAGAGUCUCCUCCUUUGUCUCGUCUUCCUCUCUCUCCCCUCCCUCUGCUCCUGGAUCAAGAACAUCAGGUUCUCAUUGCAGCUGUACCCUGACCCUCUCUUCUGGCAAGUGGGUGUGGCCUCGGCAGUUUCCCUCCUCCCUCUCCUUCUACCUCCUCGACCAAAUCAGUUUUCCCGGUUGGCUGGUGGGUGUGGCUUCACCUACAUGCCCCUCCCCCUGGUGUCCGCCUCGUCUCUCCUAUCAGUCUCCCUCGUCCUCUACUGCUCCGUCCACACGUACAGACUCAGCUACUUCGUGACAGCCGCCAUUCUCCUCUCCCUCUUCUCCAGACUCACUAACAGACAGCCCUACAAAUCUGACUAGAGACCAAACCCAAUCACUCUUCCAAACCAUCUCUCACAGGACUACCCAAUCACUCUUCCAAACCAUCUCUCACAGGACUACCCAAUCACUCUUCCAAACCAUCUCUCACAGGACAAAACCUACUCAUCUCAGCUAUGCUCUGAUCUAUUCAGAGGAUCCUUAAGCAAUAUAAUUAUAGUUUUGCACAAAGCUUUAGGGCCUUUUCCUUAAGUCUUCGCGGUAAAUUUGUGGACAAUUCUGUAUAAUAAAGAAUUUUUACUUGCAACUGAAUCAAAACAGUUCUCUCUUGAAACCUUUCCCACCCCAUGCUACUAUUGUAAGGUUGUGUAUAUAUAGGUAGUCAUUCUGUCAGUUGUGAAUUUGGAAGCGUAUACAUCUGUGUUGCAAAUC